AGGAAGAGAAGAGAAAGGGAAAAAGAAAGAGAUGGAGAGUCGAGGGGAAACAAGUCCGUGAGAGAUAGACAGAUAGAUCGAUAGAAGGUGUAAGUGGACAGGCGGGAGAAGUCUGAGUGCGUAUAAAAAUCAAGCGUUAGACGAUACAGCGUUGUGUCAUCAACAGGUCAGUGGACUUACCAGGGGGAUUAUGUCCAAACCUUCAUCCAACGUCAAGGCCCUUCAGGCUAAUUUGAACAUCCCGAUGGGAGCUUUGCGUCCAGGGGCGGGACAUCCUGUCAAGAGGAGAGAGGAGACAGUAGACGCGGAGGAGGCUCAUUCACCAGACCAGCCCAGCGCUGCAGCCCAGACGCCGGAGGAGAAGAAGGCGUUGCCGGGCGCGGUGAAACUGCCCGGGCCCCCCGUUAACCUGUCAGAGCUGCAGAACGUCAAGAGUGAACUACGAUGGGUCACCAAGGAUUAACAUGUCGGAUCCCCCAGCCGGCCAGGCGGAGAGGGAGCCAGAUAAUCUUCAUAGACACAGACUUGGCCACCGCCACUGAAGACAAGCAAACUUUAAGCUAAUCCCAGCAUGUUCGGAGACACAAACAGCUUUCUGUCAAGCCAAGGUCUGCAGAAAAUGUCCAACAUUUAACUUCUACUAACACCAGGGAGCAGGCAUCCAUAGGCUCUCUUUCAAUCAGCACUGUUUAUCCUACCAUUUCAGUUGAUGCUGUUUUCUGACUGAAUCCAAAUUUAAACCAUAAUUUAUAUUAAAAAAAGUAUGUAUUGCAUAGAUGAAGAACUUGUUUUUUUGCUGUAGCUGGGACUCCCCUGUACUUUGGGACUUUUGGAAGUACUGACUUGAAUUGCAAUAAAGGGAAAUUCUAUGCUUUGAAUGACAACCAACAUAAUCAGCUGUGGUUUCCCAUCUAACUCUGUGAUGACCAACUCUUUUCCAUACUGUCAAAACUCCAACGAUUCAACACUGAUUUAUACUGAUGCUUUCUAUUAAAUUAUUCCUUUCUGUUUUUCACAAUUUGUGGGAUGUAGGUUCAAUUGUGCUACUUUUUAGGGGGGAAAUAUUGUUGUUUAAGGGUUAUGCAUGAUGGAUAUCUUCGGGAAAAUACUGCAAUAAAUCAAGAUGGUUCUAAAAAGUCCAA